AUGCGUACUCAUCCAGAUCUGACGUAUCCGACCUUACCCGAUGCACAAGAUGAUUUGCCUCUACCUCAAUCUUCAAGACCUGUGGGACAAGGAGGAAUGUCUCUGCGUCAUAACAAGAAAGAGGGAGAUGGAGAUGAAGAAUAUCAAUGGCCAGAAGCUGGUCCUUCAACAAUCAAGAGAGAACCUACAGUAGGUCCCUUCGGCGCUAAGGCUGUAGCUGCUAUGACUGGUGCAAUGGCAACUUCACUAUUGAUGACACCUUUCGAUGUACUGAAAACUAGAUUACAAACUGUGCCACCUCAACCACGACCUGAAGUCGUACUGAAUAAAGUUAUACAACCCCAAAAUCUAGCGGAAGAAUGUUGUCAAACAACACUUUUAACAUCUACAUCACCUGGUAAUAUUAGAUCAUCAUCAUCAUCAUCAUCGGCAUCACCUAUGACAUGUCAAACAUCAGCAUCUACUUCAUCAGCAUUACAUUCAUCUUCAACGAAUACGCAGCAUCUUUCAUUUGGAUCAUUACGUCCAAAUAUACCUAGUCAACCUCCAGAAGGUUGUUUACAUCCUUCUAAAUGGGCUGGUAUAUGGGGCGAAGCCCUAACUUUGGAAAAUGCUUUUCCAAGAUCUCAAAUUAUGCAAACCACCUCAGCAGGCGGUUUGGGUACGUUGGCUUUACCAAUACAAGCAGGAACAAGUCAAAGGAUCUCAAUUGGUAUAGUUGAACAAGAGGAGAAAGUUAGAGGCUUUUUCAGUGAACUAGCUACUGUAAGAAGGGAACAUGGUAUAAGAGGUUUAUGGAAAGGUGUUGGAACUGCCAUUACGAUGGGAAUCCCUUCAUCCGCAAUAUAUAUGCUAGGAUAUGAAACUCUCCUCACAUCAAUAUCACCUUAUUUCACUGGUUCUUCAGAUCCGUUAAGAAACACUUCGUCAUUGAAUAGACCUCCACCGAAUCAAGGUGGACAAAAUGCUAGUAUAACAACGAGUUUGACUCCUGCACCUCUAGUAGCUGGUAGUUUGGCUAGAACGUUGAGUGCUACUGUCAUAAGUCCUAUCGAGAUGUUCAGAACUAGAUUGCAAGCUUUACCCUGUGUCGAGAAAGGAUCUCCCACGUAUGCCUCAACAGCCAAGGAUAUGUCAGUAUUAGUGCGGAGUAAAGGUAUAACUAUUUUGUGGAGAGGACUGGGUCCAACUUUAUGGAGAGACGUACCAUUUUCAGGUAUAUACUGGGCAGGAUUUGAGAUUUUCAAAUCAUUCUUGAUAUCACCUUCAUCACCUCUACCACAUCUAUCACCAAUACAAACCUCUUUCUUAUCAGGAUUCGUAUCUGGAACCAUAUCAGCGAUUGUCACUCAACCAUUUGAUGUCUUAAAAACCAGAAGACAAGUAUUUAAUCCUUCUCCAGGAUGUACCACAACACGCGCAGCAACUAUCCCUUUAGCAUUGCAUGUCAUUAGGACAGAAGGAUACCAAGCCCUUUAUGCGGGAUUGAGUGCAAGAUGUGGGAAAACUGCUCCCGCGUGUGGACUUAUGAUCGCUUGUUAUGAAGGUGUAGGAAGGUAUCUAGGUGGUACUCCGGAGUAA